GAAACUCAAUCUCAAUGUUUUGUCUCCUUUCAACAUCUCUCCUUUUUUCAUGCUCACCUUUCUCCCUUUUAUACUCUUUCUUUUAGAUUGUGUUGAAGCCUAUUAAACAAUAAUGUCAAGUUACAUUAAAUAAUUUCAUUUAUAGGGGAUAAUAAUAUUAAUAAACAUCUGUGCUUACUGCGUUUCUUACAUAUAAGUUAUAACUAAACAUUUUUUAAACGGAAGUUUCUACGAUAUAUGUACAAAGUGAAAAUGUAGUAUUCUAAGGAUUUCUUAUUUUCCAAUCGAUAAUAUAACAAUUUUUAUGUUCAAAGUUAUGUUUUCAUGAAAGUAUACUCCCUUGGAGAAUUCAAAGCGACCCUGCAUAUUUCUCAAUUAACCAAAAAAAAAAAAAACCCAUAUUCGAACAAGAAUUAGGUUCAUUGUAUGAACCUUUAAUUCACCUCUUUUCUUGUUAUCAAUCAAAAUGUCACCUAAAUUAAUAAUAAAAUAGAUUAAUUUUAUUUUUUAAAAAAAUCUGAAAUAAUUAAAAAAAAUAAUAACGUCAAUUUUAAUGAUGUUAACGUCACUCACUAAACCCUAAACUUUAAAUCUAAACCCUAAAUUCUUAACUCAAACUCUAAACCUUAAACUCAAAUCCUAAACCCAAACCGUAAACCGUAAACCCAAACCCUAUAUCCUAAACUCAAAUCCUAAACCCUAAUUCCAAACGGUAAACCCUAAACCCAAAAUCCUAUAUCCUAAACUCAAAUCUUAGACUCUUAACUCAAACCAUAUACCCAAACCUAAUCCCUAGACCCUACACUCAAAUCGUAAACCCUGACCCAAAUACUAUAUCCCAAAAGUUUGGGUUAAUGUCAAUAUUGUUUCUUUAGGGUUUAAGGUUUAGGUUUAGAGUCUAGGUUUGGGUUUAUGAUCUAGGGUUUGAGUUUAAGAUCUAGGGUGUAGAGUUUAGAAUUUGGGUUUAGGGUUUAGGAUUUGGGUUUAAGAUAUAGGGUUUAGGGUUUAGAGUUUGGGUUUAGAAUUUAGGGUUUAGGUUUAGGGUUUAGAAUUUAAGAUUUAGGGUUUAGUUAGCGGUGUUGGCGUCAUUAAAAUAAGCGUCACUAUUUUUUUUCAAUUAGUUUAGAUUUUUUUAAAAAAAUAAUGUAUUUUAUUAUUAAUAUAUGUGAUAUUUUGAUUGGUAAUAAGAGGAGAGAUGAAUUUAAAGAUUUACCUAAGGGUGAACCUAAAGGUCUGAUUGGUAAUGGCUGUAGUUUUAAAAUUUUUGCUGUAGAAAAAAAUCUGUAAACUUUUUGCUGUGGCUUUAGAUUUUAUUGCUGUAGAAUUUUAUGGAAAGCACUAAAAAAUUGCUUUGGAUAUUUGGCUCUGCAGAGCACUUGUACAGCUGUAGGUUAUUUCAAGAGCUGUGGUUUCAAAAAAAAAAUUAAAGCUUGAUUGCUCUGAAUUUGGUGCUUUAGAAAUAAAUAGGGUUGUGGACAUCACCUACGGCAACUACCGAUCACCCCCUAAGUUUUGUUACCCGUAUUUUCAUCUUCUCUUAAUUCACUUUCCUUUUUAUUUAUUUAUUUUUCUCUAUAUAAGGUCUUCAAAUCCUUCUCUACUUCAUCAUAAUUUUUUCAUCUGCUCCCUCUCUCUCUUCCAUCACCCGCAAAGGGUUUUUUUUGGGCAACCAAAGUCUCAACCCUAAACUAAAAAAAAAACCAAAGUCUCUAUCUUUGAUCACACUAAUAUAAAACCCUAGUUAUCAACUCAUGGCAGAAUUUUUUUUCAAAAAAAAAAAACUCAUGGCAGAAUUCAAGAUAAAAUUCAAUAAAGGUCAUGCCUUUACAAGCAAAUACGUAUCCUUGGUGAAGGAACAACGAGCUCGUCUCUAUAUUCUCCGCCGUUGCGCCACCAUGCUUUGCUGUUGGUACAUCCAUGGCGAUGAAUAGAGAGUCAUUUGAGAUCUCCUUCAAAUUAACCUCUACAUAUAACUAAUUAUGUAUAUAGAUUUUCCUCUCCUUCCAUCUCUUUUUCUUGAAGCUCCAUUGAUGUUGAAGCUCUCUGUUUGUGCUGGUGGCGGCAUGGCGUGAUCCCUCUCGACAGAACUUUUGAUUUUCUCUCUUUUUUUGGUGCAAGACCCGGU